GUCAAGGCGGGCCGCACCAGACAGCUCACAUGUGGCGUCAGUGCUUGCCGUGAGAGGAAGGCACCCUGUCUCCAUAGUAACACGUGUUUCUGACAGCCGGCAUUGACCCUCUCCCCCCAUUCUCCCUACCGCUGUCACCACAGGGUUAACCCUUUCACUGCCACGGCGGCUACCACAGCUUUUCACUCGAAGUUAUUACUGUCAUUCUCCCCGGUGAUUACCGUCACACCGCCCUCCCAGCAUGCAGUAUCUCCACCCUGACACUGGGUGUCGCUGUGUGCGCGCCCCGUCCUUAUCAGGCAGCGCUGCUCUUUAACUCGGUCACUGAGAGAGAGAGCGGGGGAGGGAGGAGCAGGGCUUCUGCUGCAGUGAUGGCCGAAGGGGGAGCUGAUCCAGAGACUGAGAUUAAGAGCAGGCUGCAGGGACUUGUUGACCAACUUUACCAUUUUCGGGACCACUACUUUGAGACACACAGUGUGGAGGAUGCAGCCCGAAAACAGUAUGAUGUGGAACAAGAAAUGGAGAAAACUAUAUCUCACAUAGAAGAUAUGGAUGAUGGCUGGAAGAACAGGGCUUUUUUCCUAAUGCUAAAGGGAAAGGCAUUAAAUGUAACGCAAAAUUACAACGCAGAGGCAGAAGAGCUCCUUUCUAAGGCUGUAAAAUUGGAUCCAAGUCUAGUAGAUGCUUGGAACCAGCUGGGAGAGGUUUAUUGGAAAAAAAUGGAUGUGACGUCUGCCAAGACUUGCUUUGUAGGAGCACUGAACCACUGUAAGAACAAGGUGUCUUUGCGUAACCUGUCAAUGGUAAUGAGGCAGCAACGUUCACAUGAUGCAGAUGAGAAAUCAAGGAACAUCAUGGAUAGUGUUAAACAAGCAAAACAGGCAGUGAAUAUGGAUCCACGUGAUGGGACAUCUUGGUACAUCCUUGGAAACGCAUAUCUUUCACUGUUCUUCUGCACUGGGCAGAAUCCAAAAAUAUCUCAACAGGCUCUGAAUGCAUAUGUGCAGGCUGAAAGAGUUGACAAGACCGCAUCCAGUAACCCAGAUCUGCAUCUUAACAGAGCAACUCUCUGUAAGUAUGAGGAGAAGUAUCAGGGGGCACUGGAUGGCUUUUCUCGAGCUGCUGCUCUGGAACCGUCAUGGUCUGAACCUGUAAUGAGAGAGGAGCAGUUGCUUGAUUACCUUGGCAAACUUUGUGGUCUUCUGAACAACAAGGGAAAAAUACGUGGCAAACGACUACAAAACAUGCUAAGCACCCUGAAUCCCACGCUGCUUGGUCACUAUGGAGGCUCUGGCGGCCUUCAGAUGAAGUCUCUCAAUUCUUUGCAGCCAGGGAGAAACCCUGGUUGUGUAGUGCUGGGAAGGGUUGUCUUCAGCCUGAUGCCCGAGGAACGAGUGCCUUUUACUUUUGGUCUGGUGGAUGCAGAAGGUUCCUGUUACGCAAUAAUGGUAUAUAACAUGGUGGAGAGCUGGGGAGUUCUUGUUUCUGACUCUGUAACAAUACCUGAACCAUAUCUGAAGCAGCACAACAUACAGCACAAGGGACAGACUUAUGUUUUCCAAAGCAUACGAGUGGAUUCACCUGUCCGUUUGUUGGUGAAUGGCAAGCCUCAAGGACCAAGCACCCAGGCCAGCGCAACGGUGGCAUACAGACCCCAGAGCGAGUGAUUAAUGUGCAGUAAGAGCUGUACUGUGAAUCACAUGGAUGAGAAGGUGGAAUCCUUUCUCUGCCCCUUACAUUUUCUGUUAAAUAUUUCAGCCUUGCAGGAUAAAAACUAAGCCCAAUGCUUGUCUGGUACAAUAGCAUUUACAUCUCUCUCAUUUGACUAUCCUAUUCACUGCUGGAAUAUUCUUCAAAAACAAUUAACAGUAGAAUCCACCUUGCAUCAUAGGAUUAGAUGCUGCCCCCUCUGCCUUGCUGUCAGUCAUACCUACUAAUUUUUGCAGCCUUAUUUCUUUUUAUGUCUUGUUUGUACUGUCUUCUUUGCCUUAGGUCCUUGAAAUGUUUGAUGUUAACCAACAUUCUUUAGUUGUAUUUAUAACGCAGAUUUAAGAUUAUGAUUAUUUAUUUUUGGUCUCAUUUGUCUUUUGGUUUUUUUUUGUCCUCACUUUUUAGAGGAACAUUUAUUAUUUUUUUGUUUUUGUAAAGAAUAAAAUCACAUUUGAUAGUUACAUUCAUUUUGGUUAAUUGUCUUGUUCAAGAAAACUCUCUUAAAUCAAAGAGCUUGAAAUAUGGUACAAAUCAGAGACAUUAUAUCAAGCAUGUCAAAAUCAAAGGCUAACACGGGCCAAAUAAACAAGGUUUAACUUUUUGGGCCGCAAAAAAAAUAAAAACUUUGAUUUUCUUAGGAAUGAAGGUU